AUGGCUCUAAUUUUGAGAUAUGUCAACAAAAGUGGAAUGGUGAUAGAGCGAUUUUUGGGUAUUGUCCACGUAAAUGAUACAUCUUCUCAAUCAUUAAAAAAGGCAAUUUAUUCUUUGCUUUUGGAUCACUCAUUAUGUACAUCCAAAAUACGUGGUCAAGGUUAUGAUGGGGCUAGUAAUAUGCAAGGGGAAAUAAAUGGUCUCAAGUAUUUGAUUUUACAAGAUACGUCAUUUGCAUAUUCUAUUCACUGUUUUGCUCACCAAUUGCAAGUGGCACUUGUAGGUCUUUCCAAAGAGAAUUCGGAUGUGAAUAAUUUUUUUUAUGCUCUCACUAAUAUUUUGAAUACUAUUGGAGCUUCAUUUAAACGCAGAGAUUCACUUCGACAACAUCAAGAAGAUAAGUUGGAAGAGUUGCUUAAAUUUGGAGAAGUUCAUGCAGGGCAAGUUUUACAAAAGAAAGAUCAAGAUAUCGUUAAUGCUAUGGGAUUGUUUGACCUUUCAAAGAAACGAUUGCAAAUGAUGAGAGAGGAUGAAUGGGACUCUAUGAUGGAUGAGUUAUUUUAUGCCGUCAUUGAUUUGGCACUUCAAGAACUCAAUAAUCGUUUUGAUGUGGUGACUAGUGACUUGCUCUUCGGUAUGGCUAGUUUGAGUCCGGUUGAUUCAUUUGCUAAUUUUCACAAGGAUAAGAUAAUGAAACUAGCUGAGUACUACCCAAGUGAGUUUGGUGAUAAAGAGCUUCGGGAACUCAAUUUUCAACUUGAUGAUUUUAUUGUCUAUGCUCAAAAGUGUGAUAGCAAGUUUCUCAACUUGAAGGGAAUCAAGGAUCUUGCAAAAGUGAUGAUAGAGACAAAACUAGAUCAAACUUGGUCACUUGUGUAUCUACUUGUGAAGCUAACUUUGAUUAUUCAUGUUGCUACCGCAACCGUGGAAAGAGCAUUCUCAUCAAUGAAGUACAUAAAGAAUGAUUUGUGUAAUAUGAUGGAUGAAGAUCUUUUGAAUGGUUGUUUAGUUUGCUAUAUAGAGCGUAGUAUAUUUAAAAAUGUAAGUAAUGAUGCCAUUACUGACCGUUUUCAAAAUAUGAAAACUCGUCGAGGACAAUUGUAA